AUGUCUGAGGAAUCACAACGUGCUAUAGAUGAGGAGGUGGGAAGUCAUGCCCCCUCAGAACCCAUUGAGCCAGCAGUUGCACCAGCCCCUCCUGGUGAAGAUAGGCCAGGACAGGAUGCAUUCUUACAACAGCUGGCAGAUAUGUUUAGACGAGUUUCAGGGGCAGCACCUCAGGUGCCACCACCAGUUGUUGUACCUAUGCAGGCUCCUGCUAGACCACCAAUAGACAAGCUUAGAAAAUAUGGAGUUAUGGAAUUCAAAGGCAGAAGAGAAGAUGAUGCUCCAGCAGCAGAGUACUGGCUGCAAAGAACAGAGAGAGUGUUGCAGCAGCUUCAGUACACACCACCAGACAGUGUGGCUUGUGCAGUUGCUUUGUUACAAGAGGAGGCCUAUCAGUGGUGGGACACCACAUCACAAACAGUGCAAAUUGAGCAGCAGACUUGGGAAUUCUUUCUGGCUGAGUUUCGAAAGAAGUAUAUUGGAGAUUUGUAUCUAGAUGAAAAGAGAAGAGAGUUCAUGUAUUUGAGACAGGGCAGGAUGACUGUUAGUGAGUAUGAAAAAGAUUUCAUCAGACUGAGUAAGUAUGCUCGGGAAAUGGUGCCUACAGAGGAAGCUAAAUGUAAGAAAUUUGAGCAGGGUUUGCAUAAUGACAUUAGGGUGCUUUUGGCAGCCCAUCCCAUCAAAGAGUUCUCUGCUCUGGUCAAUGCAGCAUUGAAUAUAGAAAAGAUAAAAAAAGAAGAACAAAGCUGGAGACAAAAAGGACAACAGAAGAGAGGGCAAACCCAGAUACAUGGCAAAUCCUCAGCCUCUCAAGCACUUAUGAAGAGACAAAGAGCACCACUUGUAGAGAGGCCUAUUCCUGCUGGAUCUAGAGGAAGAGGAAGGGGUAGAGGUAAUCAAACAGGGGCAGCUUCAGCCAGUCAAAGGGUGUCUGAAACAGUAGAUAGACCAGACUUCAAAACACCUGCUAGAGCCUAUGCUAUUAGGGCUAAGGAGGACAGGGACUCCCCAGAUGUGAUUGUUAGUACAUUCUCAAUCUUUGAUAAACCUGUGUAUGCAUUAAUAGACCCAGGAUCAACACAUUCAUACAUAUGUUUACCCAUUGUCAAUGAGGGGAAAUUACAGGCAGAUUCUGUAAACCAAGAUAUAAUAGUAACCAACCCCCUUGGUCAUAGUGUGAUAGUGAGUAAAGUAUAUAGGGAUUGUCCUAUAUCCAUCCACGGUCAUAUUUUCCAUGGUGAUUUGAUAGAAUUACCCUUUAGAGAAUUUGAUGUAAUUCUUGGCAUGGAUUGGUUAUCUAGGCAUCGGGUAAUAGUGGAUUGCAGAUCAAAAAGAAUUACAUUGAAAAUACUUGUAGAUCAUGAUGUGGUAGUUGUAGGGGAGAGGUCAGAUUACCUGUCUAAUAUUAUAUCAACAGCUACAGCUAGGAAAUUAAUCAGUAAGGGUUGUGAAGCCUACAUACUCUUUGCACUUGAAACCAAAAAGGAGAAUCUAGCUGAAGGAAUCAGAGUAGACCCUAAAAAGAUAGAAGCUAUCCUUGAGUGGAAACCACCUAAGAACGUAGUAGAGAUUAGGAGUUUUCUAGGUUUGGCUGGAUACUAUAGGCGGUUUGUAAAGGGAUUUUCAAUCAUUGCUGCCCCAUUGACUAAAUUGUUGCAUAAGAAUGUUACAUAUGACUGGCAUGACAAAUGUCAGAAGAGUUUUGAAAAGCUUAAAAAGAUGCUUACAGAGGCACCUAUCCUUACACAGCCAGAAUCAGGUAAGGCUAAUCUGGUAGCAGAUGCACUUAGCAGGAAAUCCUUUGCUGCUCUAAGGGCUUUGAAUGCUCGUCUAUCUUUAGCUAAUGAUGGGGCUAUCAUAGCAGAACUAAAGCUUAGACCCAAUCUACUUCAAUAA